CUGCAUAUGGUUCGCAGACAAAUCUUUAAUUGUUCAAAAAAAAAAGUUUCAAUAUACUCCUUUGAGCAUUGCGCGGAACAACAAAGUUCAACGGUCAUAUGCUAGUGUUGUGCAGCAAUGAGCAGACAUGACUUUUGCUCAUAUGUUAACUUUUUUAAUGCUCCGACAACACUCGCACAAUUCGCACUAGAUAUCGUGCAUGUGGAAGAAGCCUUACGAGGUGUUAGGGUGCCUGGGGGCUGCCCUGCGGACAAGUUAUCCGUCCCAGUUGCUCAGCGUGCAGGAGUGCCAAAGUGGAGCCACUCUUCGAAGUUUGCAUGCCACCCGGGUGUGUCCCGUACGUUCUUCCUCGUUUCCCAGAGGUUUUGGUGGCCGGGCAUGCACAACGAUGUCACGGACUAUGUCUCUGCUUGUUCCAUCUGCACUCGGGGCAAGCCAGUCCAUCGUGCUCCAGCUAGCUUACUCCAUCCAUUGCCUGUUCCAACUCGUCACCAGUAGGUGGAUGGCAAUGUAGUGUAAAGCGCUUUGAAAGGUGGAAAGGCGGUAUACAGGUAUAACACCAUUUACUAUGACCCAUAAAGUAACCACAUUAAGCCAAAGAAAUACAUUAUCUAUAUAAACUGUUAUUGUAAUAAUACUGUAUAAUAAGCCAUUACAUAAUAACAUUGAGCCAAAGAAAGACAAAAAAAAGUCAAGUGAGAGAAAAAAAAAAAAAAAGAAAUGACGCAUAAUUCGUCCAAAGAGUAUGAGUGCCCUCUAGUGGAGAAAAUAGUUCCUAGUUUGAAUUGUGAAUGGUAAAUGGUGUUAUACUUAUAUAGCUCUUUUCCACCUUUCAAGUAGUUCCUUCAUAGUUACUAUUAUAAAAGUAAAAGGAUAAUUUCUCGGGUAUUCCGUGGUCAAUCGAUGCCAAAUAAAAACUGGAAAUGAGGUUUGAAUCCGCUCUUUCAAAUGUCGAAUGCUUCAUUUUUUAUGGUGCUUUAAAGACCCCACGUGAUUGAACAGGCUGGCAUGCUCACUGAACAGCAAACUUGUGUCAGAUUGGUGUAAUGGAGUCAUGUGAUUAUUGUUGCGAUGUCUGAUUGGUGAAAUCGGUAGAGCUACUCUUGUCAUUGCUGGCAAAAAAAUUAAUCUAAUAUUAAGAGGAAACGACUCUUGUGUAGCCCAAAGUAGCGGAGUAAGAGUAGCGUUAUUCCUUCACAAAUCUACUUAAAUAAAAGUAAAAAUAUGGCUUAGUAAAACUACUCUUAGAAGUGUAUUUUUCUCAAAAGUUACUCAAGUAAAUGUAACGAAGUGCAUGUAACGUGUUACAACCCACCUCUGUCCACGUAUAAUAUGAAAAUGUCAAGCAUUGUGAACAUAUGACAGAAACGAUGUCGCAUUUUUGACUCGUCGUCUCAUCAGACGAAAACUGUCAUUUGUCUCAUUAUGUUUUAGUCUCCCGAGCCCCAUUUUUAGCUCAUUAUCAUCACGAAAAAAAUGUUUGUCGACGAAAUAUUUUCGUUAUCGUCAUUGUUGACGAAAGCAACACUGAUACUGACAUAUUUAUACGACAGAGUCCAGAAUUACAAAUCAAUGACAAAUAUUCUGACAUUUGUGCACUCUUCGCUAAUCAACGUGAGCACACUGUUAGCGCGCUAAUAGACUCAAACACAGGUAUAAAGAAGCAAAGCAAAAAUAGGUACAUGCUCUUUAAUCACAUUUUCACAUGUUUUGUGGCCACAGACAUCAGAUUCAUUUGGAUUGGGACUGAUCACAGUCAGCCCCCACCAGUCCGGUCAAAUGCGAACAAUUUAAAAUUUGUGUAUUGCAACAGCAAGAAGGAAGCGGAUUUCUCAUCAACUAUUUGGGAUUGUUCCUCUUUUUAUUGGUCGCGUCAUGUUCCUGGCAUUUUUCCUAUUAUAAUUCUUGUCAUUUUUGGUCUUCUGAUUGUGAUUCGGGAUUUAAGGGAGAAAGAUUGGAAUUGUAAAAUGGUUGAGGACGGUGCUCUAUAUAUCGAGGAUUGUUCAACAAGUUCUUUAAAAAAAAAAGAUUGAACGUACAAAAAUAGAUAUGAUGAAAUCCAACUGGGCUGACGUUUUUCAGUGGGUUUUGCAUAUUACUAUGUCACCAAAAGAGGAAAUGAAAAGAAUCUAACGCUGGACUUAUUCGGUCAAGAUGAUCAUGCAGGGAUUGAUUCUUAUUUUUCUGCUUCAAUUUGAAGUCAUUAGCGGAAACGACGUGUUUGUGUACGCCGGAGUGGGCGACGUGGCCACUCUACCCUGCAAGCUGUGGUCCUGCUCCAAUGUAAGCUGGUGGUACAGUAAGUACAGCUACGGUGGAUAUCUAAAAGAAGUGCAAGACGGCCAUGUGCUAACCAGCUCAACAAGAAGUCAUCGCCUGGGCCUGAAGGACGGCUGCUCGCUGCUCAUCAAACCGGUGAUGGCCGAAGAUUAUGGUUACUUUACAUGUGAACUGGAUGAACCGAGUCUAAGGGUUUUCUUGAUAGUGAUGACACUGACGUGGUCAACUCCUCGGCAGGACUCGGAUGAGGCGGGAGAUGGUGAAGCAUACCUCAGGUGUUCUUUGAGCUGCCCGUAUUAUCAAGAUUGUCCUUAUGGGAGCUUACGGUGGUGGGACGAGAAAGGCAGGACACUUUACCCAGAUCGUGAGAGAAAGGUGGAGUCCCGCUAUGAGUCCACUUUAAAAGUACUUCCUACCAACCGUCACAGCACAUACACCUGCCAAUAUGUGAAACACAACAUAGUGGUAGUCCAGGCCCAGUACUCGCCCAUUGCCAUGGCAGUGAACGCAAGCGGUCCCAAGGCGACGCCGCCCGGCCACACGCAACUGGUCAACAUCGUCCGGGUGAUCGCCGCCGUUUUGAUGCUCGUCGUCAUUAGCGCACUCGCUAUUGAAGUCAGGGUGAAGUCCAGAAGAAACGCGGGCCGGACUACCGACAGCCAAUAAUGAGGGCAGUCGUUUCCUACCCCAGAUUUACAGCAGGAUUUAGGAAUGGCUUGAUUGAUUCGUUUUCAAACGCCUUUUUUGCAAUUGCUCUUUUUGUGUUUAGCAAGCUUUCUGUUGAUGGAAAUCUUUUGAAAAUGAAGAAUGUUAGAAAAAGGAUGAAACCGGGAUUCUAAUUGUUGCGAAAUGUCUAAAACUGGGAGAAGGCAGUCCCACAAACCAAAGCUGAAAGGACAUUUGGACAGAGUCACCAAAAUGAUAUAACGAAGUACAUGAUUGUUAAACUGCAGAUGAAAAUUACACCAGUAAAAUGUACUGAUUGUACUGUAUUUUUCACCUUAAUUCAUGUAAUAUUUUGUCUUCCAAUUCUUUGUCGUUUAGGUUUUGGUCUUCUACUUCUUCAGAUUCUUUUAAGAACCCUUCUUGUGUGUCUGGGUUUUAGUGGGGAACAGGGAUGUAUGCAAGGAUGUGUGAGGGGGCAUCAUAUGUACUGAGUGCUUAUAGUAACAGCAUUUUCAUUAUUGAAUUGGGUUCUUAGCUGUGUCCAACCCCAAUCUAGAGAAGUGUACUUAGUCAGGCCUCUACCUUUAGACCUGUCCAACUUGGAAGUCCCACCUGAGGACUAACCUCCUGCUGGUAUAGUUUUGUCAAGAGUCGAGAAUCUGCAUUGGACAAGGUGUCAAGAGUCAAGAAUCUGCAUUGGACAAGGUGAUGAUGCUGGAUCUUUUGUUUGGUGCUGUUCCAGUGAGAUUUACAAAGACAACUGUCUGAAGAAAACAUCAAAAUUCCCUCAGUGCUUGAUGAUAUGGGGCUGCAUUUCAGGCAAAGGCACUGGGGACAUGGCUGUGGUUAAAUCUUCAAUUAAUUCACAGGUUUACAAUGAAAUUCUAGACAGCUUUCUUAUCCCUUCAAUUGAAAAUGUUUGUCAUUUUCCAAGAUGACAAUGCAUAAUGCCACAGAGGUAAAACAGUUUCAGUAUUCCUUGGAGAAAGACUCAUCCAUUCAUUGUCAUGGCCUGCAAACAGCCCAGAUCUCAACCCUAUUGAAAACCUGUGGUGGAAUUUGAAAAAAAUGGUCCACAGCAAGGCUCCGACCUGCAAGGAUGAUCUGGCAACUGCAAUCGAAGAGAGUUGGCACCAAAUGGAUGAAGAAUACUCAUCAAGUCCAUGCCUCAGAGACUGCAAGCUGUCAUAAAAGCCAGAGGUGGUGCUACUAAAUACUAGAGAUGUUUUGAUUGUUAUUUCUUUGUUUCUCAUGAUUCCAUUUUUUUCCCCUCAGAAUGGAGUGAUUCCAUAUAUAUUUCGCUGCACUUGCUCUAUAAAAGUAACAUUUACUGACCACCACAAUGUUUUUUUUAUUCAUUUCUUUUAGUGUUUCUGAAUGCUAGAGAGACAAACUUUUGAACUAAUUCAUUAUUUUUUCAAACUUUUUAUCAGAAUUUGUUCUACAUGAUAAAAUGUCUGAGUGAGUGCUCAUCCAAGACUGGUGAUUCCAUACUUUUUGCUAGGGGUUGUCUAUAGUCUUCGUGUCCCCUUUUCGGCAGAUUUUUUU